UACGCCUACCCAUAUCGUACCAGCAGGAUGGAUCGAAAGGCAAUAUUGAUUACAAUUUUUUCUCUUUUUGUGCUAACCUUAAAAGUUCAGUCUGCAAUUACAAGACGGGAGCUCCUUGACAAUUUAACAAGCGUUUCAACAUACGAUCAAAGCUACCCUUCAGGUUAUGAUGAAAACAUACAGUGUGGCGUUAUUGUACAACUAGAGAUUUCAGACGUGACAUCAAUUAGUGAACAAAAUAUGGAGUACAGUUUGAUGAUGUUUCUAAGAAUGCAGUGGAGAGAUUCAAGGCUUGCAUUUUAUGAUGUCGCAAACUUUACUCGUAUCGACCUUACCGGAGAUAUGGUCGACUUGAUCUGGAAACCUGACCUGUAUAUAAGCAAUGAGAGAAAAGUUGAUCCUCAUUCGUUUGUGAAACACGAAGAACUUGCGUACAUUGAUCCUAAUGGGACAGUCACAUUUAGUAUGCGAGUUUCGAUGACUGGUAACUGUCACAUGGAUCUAAACUUGUACCCAUUUGAUGUUCAAACAUGUAAUGUAAAACUUCAAAGUUACGCAUUCACGUCGGACAAACUCCUUUUUCAAUGGUCUAAGAAUGGUAUACUCACGUCCCACUUUGAUUUAGCAAAUUACGAAGUAGACGUCGGAGAAAAUUUAGAAGGCCUAGAACCAAGUAAUGACAGAUCUCUGGCAGGUGGCGAAUUUUCCUUCUUAAUCACGGGUGUAAAGUUUAAAAGAAGGAGUAAUGCCUAUGGAUCUAUGUACUUUGCUCCAUUUCCAAUAUUCUUCGUAAUCGCCAUGUGCUCGUUUGGGUUUAAGGAUCAAAUGGGCCCUCGCGUCGCGUUAUGUACGACUGGAUUGUCGGCAACGUUGCUACAGUGGAUUGCCAUAUACUCCAGAUUGCCUCCUGUCUGGUACUUCACAUUUUUGGAUGGAUGGAUUUUAUUUCAUAUUUGUAUGGUUGGGGCAAUUCUCAUUUUUCAAGCGAUCUGGUAUAAGUUCUUUAAUGAGUCAACAAUAAAAAAUGAGCUUGAGAGAGAUGGGUUCGCCAUGUUUCUAUAUAUUUAUGCUUUAGUGUGCGUAGCUCUUCUGGUGACUUGGUCAGGCUCAAACCGGCUUUGGAUUAUUUUCGUUGUGAUUCCUGGGCUGACAUUUUUAUUAACUAUCAUUGACGUUAUUGUUUUAGCAAAAAACGGGUACGAUGCAUUUAUAAUCUUAAUAGCAUCAGUAUAA